AGUGUUCUUCACCAAACAUUUUUUUUCCUUCCACAUGAUGAAAAUCAAUUUUCCAAAUUCGGAUGAAAAGACAACACUUUUUUAAGUCUGUCUGAUGGAGAAUUGAUUAGGUUCCGUAAUAUCCAAAGGACACAACACAGUGACGACGAACCAAGCUCAGAGCCAUGAAUCUCUGUCUCCGCAACCCCGUAACGUGUGCUGAUCGCAGCUCCUCCUUGUUCUCGGCCUUGAAGACUUCAAAUUACAAGCUGGGUACUUCAAAGUUUGGGUUUUUAAAGCAUCAUAAGAAGAAUCAUGUGGUUACAGUAAGAUCUGUUUCUUCCACUGCUGUAGUAGAAGAAAGGACGAAGAGAGAAAGUGGAGGAGGAGAGAGUAAAGUGUACGACGCAAUCGUCAUCGGGUCUGGGAUAGGAGGCUUAGUUGCGGCGACUCAGCUAGCUGUUAAAGAAGCUAAAGUUCUAGUUUUGGAGAAGUAUCUCAUCCCUGGUGGGAGCUCUGGUUAUUACGAAAGAGAUGGGUACACAUUCGAUGUGGGUUCCUCUGUCAUGUUUGGUUUCAGCGAUAAGGGGAAUCUAAACUUGAUAACUCAGGCGUUGAAGGCAGUUGGUCGUGAGAUGGAAGUUAUACCCGAUCCCACCACUGUUCAUUUCCAUCUCCCCAGUCAUCUCUCUGUUCAGGUUCAUAGAGAGUAUGAUGAGUUCGUUAAUGAGCUUAUUAGCAAGUUUCCUCACGAGAAGGAAGGGAUUCUUGGAUUCUAUGGCGUCUGCUGGAAGAUCUUCAACUCAUUGAACUCCCUGGAACUGAAGUCACUUGAAGAGCCUAUCUACCUUUUUGGACAGUUCUUUCAGAAGCCGCUUGAAUGUUUGACACUUGCUUAUUACUUGCCUCAAAAUGCUGGGGAUAUAGCUAGGAAGUACAUAAAGGAUCCUCAGUUACUGUCUUUCAUUGACGCAGAGUGUUUCAUUGUGAGCACAGUCAAUGCUUUGCAGACGCCAAUGAUCAAUGCAAGUAUGGUUUUAUGUGACAGGCACUAUGGAGGAAUUAACUACCCUGUUGGUGGUGUUGGUGGAAUUGCCAAGUCGUUAGCAGAAGGACUUGUUGAUCAAGGCAGUGAAAUUCUCUACAAAGCUAAUGUGAAAAGCAUCAUACUUGAUGAUGGAAAGGCUGUUGGUGUAAGGCUAGCAGAUGGAAGAGAAUUCUUCGCUAAAACGAUAAUCUCUAAUGCUACAAGAUGGGAUACGUUUGGGAAGCUGUUGAAAGGAGAAAAGCUUCCAAAGGAAGAAGAAAACUUCCAGAAAGUGUAUGUGAAGGCUCCAUCAUUUCUCUCAAUCCAUAUGGGUGUUAAAGCAGAGGUUCUCCCUCCAGAUACAGAUUGCCAUCAUUUCGUACUUGAGGAUGAUUGGAAGAAUCUGGAGGAGCCUUAUGGCAGUAUCUUCCUCAGCAUUCCAACUAUUCUUGAUCCAUCUUUGGCUCCAGAUGGUCGACAUAUACUGCACAUAUUUACAACCUCUUCCAUCGAAGAUUGGGAGGGACUCACUCCAAAAGAGUAUGAAGCGAAAAAAGAAGAGGUGGCAGCUGGAAUCAUACAGAGGCUAGAGAAAAAACUGUUUCCUGGUCUCAGUUCAUCCAUUACUUUUAAGGAGGUGGGCACACCAAGAACACACAGGCGAUAUCUUGCUCGGGACAAGGGAACGUAUGGACCAAUGCCAAGAGGAACACCAAAAGGUUUACUAGGCAUGCCGUUUAACACAACUGCAAUAGAUGGUUUGUACUGCGUUGGGGAUAGUUGUUUUCCUGGUCAGGGAGUUAUAGCUGUGGCUUUCUCAGGAGUGAUGUGUGCUCAUCGUGUAGCUGCUGACAUUGGGCUUGAGAGAAAAUCAAAGGUACUUGAUGCUGGUCUUCUUGGUUUACUUGGUUGGUUAAGGACACUCGCAUAGUCUCUAAAGGGUACAGGACACAAAGCUAGUGGAAGUGUUGAUCAAGUCCAUGAGAGCGGCUUUUACUAUGAACAACCUUUUUUUUAUUUUUGUGGUUUAGGAUCAAGAAGAGUUGCACAUAGAUAAUAAGAAAGAAAAAAAUUCCAUAUUCAA